GAAGGCGCCAUGAUUGGUUGGUGGUGGGGCAGUGGGGGGGCCUAUGGAGUCUGGUUUUCAAGCUGGUGCUGGACUUUCAUCUUCCAUGUUUCGAGUUAGAGGGGCGCUGCAGAUGGCGGGGACUCAAGUCUAAGGAAACCUACAUUUGGUUCUAAGGGUCGUGAGGUUUAGAAGGGGUGACCGGAAGUAAUACUGGAACUGACCGGAAGCAAGGCCUGGAGGGGAACUGGAGAGCAGGUCCCAGGAGGAAGGGGGCUUCAGCAAAAAGGGGCGGGGGAAAAGGUGCAGGAGCUGUGUGGGAUCUUCACACUGUGGAUGCCAGUCGCUGCUGUUUGUUUGUCUGGAAACCGGCGAGCAACCACUAAGAGCUCGUGGGGGAGGAGUGGGGAGUCCGGAGUCGAGGGCUCCCUCUAGACAGUCUGGAAUAGUUGAGCAAAGGGCGCCUCGUGCUUUACAGAGCUGGGCAGCAAGGCUUUCCUAAGCUGGGUGGCUAAAAGCGAGGAGCCCAGGAUACGGGAGUUCAGUUGUGCGAGCAGUGCCUGUCUGGCUUGGCUGGUGGGCACUGCGUGCGAGACGUGGGCUUAGAGUUGUCCACGGUCUUGCCGCUGUUGGGUGGAAUCACACUCCGCGUCUUUGUACAAGCAACCGCGUCUUCUGGGGCAAGGAAGGAGCCAGGAUGGCCUGGGCUCUGAAGCUGCCUCUGGCGGAUGAAGUGAUUGAAUCUGGGCUGGUGCAGGACUUUGAUGCUAGUCUGUCUGGGAUCGGCCAGGAACUGGGUGCUGGUGCCUAUAGCAUGAGUGACGUCCUUGCAUUACCCAUUUUCAAACAAGAAGAGUCAAGUUUGCCUCCAGAUAAUGAAAAUAAAAUUCUUCCUUUUCAAUAUGUACUUUGUGCGGCCACCUCUCCAGCAGUGAAGCUCCAUGAUGAAACAUUGACAUAUCUCAAUCAAGGACAGUCUUAUGAAAUUCGAAUGCUAGACAAUAGGAAGCUUGGAGAACUUCCAGAAAUUAAUGGCAAGUUGGUGAAGAGUAUAUUCCGUGUAGUGUUCCAUGACAGACGGCUCCAAUACACUGAACAUCAGCAGCUCGAGGGCUGGAGAUGGAACCGACCUGGAGACAGAAUUCUUGACAUAGAUAUCCCAAUGUCUGUGGGUAUAAUUGAUCCUAGAGCUAACCCAACCCAAUUAAAUACAGUGGAGUUCCUAUGGGACCCUGCAAAGAGGACAUCAGUGUUUAUUCAGGUGCAUUGUAUUAGCACAGAGUUCACCAUGAGGAAACAUGGUGGAGAAAAGGGAGUGCCAUUCAGAGUACAGAUUGAUACCUUCAAGGAGAAUGAGAACGGGGAAUACACUGAGCACUUACACUCAGCCAGCUGCCAGAUCAAAGUCUUCAAGCCCAAAGGAGCAGACAGAAAGCAAAAAACAGAUAGGGAAAAAAUGGAGAAACGAACACCACAUGAAAAGGAGAAGUAUCAACCUUCCUAUGAGACAACUAUACUCACAGAGUGUUCUCCGUGGCCUGAGAUCACAUAUGUCAAUAAUUCCCCAUCACCUGGUUUCAACAGUUCCCAUAGCAGUUUUUCUCUUGGGGAAGGGAAUGGUUCACCAAACCACCAGCCAGAACCACCCCCUCCAGUCACAGAUAACCUCUUGCCAACAACCACACCUCAGGAGGCUCAGCAAUGGUUGCAUCGAAACCGUUUUUCUACAUUCACAAGACUUUUCACAAACUUCUCAGGGGCAGAUUUACUGAAACUAACUAGAGAUGACGUGAUCCAAAUCUGUGGCCCUGCCGAUGGAAUCAGACUUUUUAAUGCAUUAAAAGGCCGCAUGGUACGCCCAAGAUUGACCAUUUAUGUUUGUCAGGAAUCUUUGCAGUUGAGGGAGCAACAGCAGCAGAAACAUGAGGAUGGAGACUCAAAUGGUACUUUCUUCGUGUAUCAUGCCAUCUAUUUGGAAGAACUGACAGCUGUAGAACUGACAGAAAAGAUUGCUCAGCUUUUCAGCAUUUCCCCUCAGCAGAUCAGCCAGAUCUACAAACAAGGGCCGACAGGAAUCCACGUGCUCAUCAGUGAUGAGAUGAUACAGAACUUUCAGGAAGAAGCUUGUUUUAUUUUGGACACAAUGAAAGAAACCAGUGAUAGCUAUCACAUCAUCCUGAAGUAGAAAUGGGGCAUUCUGCACUCAGUGGCUGCUGCUUCCUUUACCUCUUGGAACUCCUUUCUUACAAAGGAAUGUGAGUGAAGAUAUGAAGGUCUGCGGGAACUCGACCUUCCUGGCUGUGUGUCAGGGAGUCUAGGCACUGGAGACAGAAUCCCAGCCUCAGCGUUGGUCCAAGCUCUGUGGCAUAAACAGAUAACUGCCCAACAUGCAGUUCUGCAGCUAUUUCUUAGUUAUAAUUUAUGGACCUUGCUGUUACUGAAUAUCAGUAGAAACUCCAUAUCAUUUAGAGUGUAUGUAACUAAUGAUGGUGAAAAUCGUGUGAUGUUUAACAGAAAGAUGUUAAAUUCGUGAUAUGGAGCCCUGUACUUUUUUUCUAAUAUUAAAAUAAGCUUAUAUAUUCAUAAGACU